CCUUGUCAGUAGCCCUAAUUUCAUAAUGGUGCAUUUCGUGCUCGUCCAUGGCGGUGGGGGAGGCGCUUGGUACUGGUUCAAGCUGGUCGAUAUGCUGCUCAGCUCCGGGCACGAAGUAGAGGCGCUCAAUCUCGCGGCUUCGGGAAUCGACACCAGGACUCCUGCGGAUGUUUUCUCCUUAGACGACUAUAAUCAGCCGCUGCUGGAGUACCUGGCCGCGCUGCCGGAGAAUGACAAGGUGAUUCUUGUGAGUCAUAGCCUCGGAGGCAGGAGCGCGGCCUAUGCGACUGAGCUUCAUCCAGACAAGAUCGCGCUGGCUGUGUAUCUGGCAGCUCCAUUUUGCUCCAACCAUCUAGGCCCUGAGUUUUGGUAUGAACGCAUCAAAGACACUUCUGUGUAUGAUCUCUUUUACGAGCGUGGGAAGGACAAUCUGCCUACAGCCGUCAUGAAAAAAAAGAGCCUAGAUCCCGAUUACGCCCAUCAACUGUGUUCGUCCGAGGAUCGGACGCUGAGCAGGAUGCUUGACAGGGCAAUUCCCACCGCGGCCCUGUUUGGAAGCUUCACAAACACGGAGGAGAAGUAUGGGAGUGUCCCGCUGGUGUACAUCAAAACAUUGCAGGAUUUGGCGUGCCCUCCAGAAAUGCAGGACAAGUGGAUCGCGACUCAUCCAUUUGGGAACCUGAAAGAGGUUGUGACCAUCGAUUCGGAUCAUUGUGCAGCUUUGUCGGCUCCUUCCCGGCUGCACGACCUCCUCAUUCAGGUCGUAGAAGCUCAUGCGUCGUAAGGUUUUGGAGCUCUAAACAUGUUAUAAGGAUUUUAAUGUAUAUGCCAUUUUUAUACAGGUUUCUUCU